CCGAUCUGAAGGCGGCGUGGCAUAAGCAGUUCCAAAUAGAGUCACUGGAACUUCAAGCAAUGGACAAGUUGAUCAAGUUCUACCAGAGCAUGUUGCUGAGUGGGGAUUGGAUUUCCGAGUUCCAACGCUUGGCAUCCACGCCGAGUGUACCGAUGGGCUCUCAGGCCGUCAAACACUACUUCAUCUCGAGGUCGUGUCCGACAUUGUCCAACGCGUUGACUCAAGUCGCAAACACUCUCACUACAAUUGCGGAGCUCUUCGACCAGGCCGCGCAGAUCAUCGUCACGAACACGGAGGCUAAGAACCUCAACAGUUCGUUUGCGGCAGGCCCGAGCAGAGAACAACAUCAGCCAAAAGUGGUUGUGGUCAAGGUGACAACGCGGAUUGACCCUUCAAGCGAGGCUGCAUCUCCCAAUGAGGAGGACAGACUCGCAGCCGCCCGGGAUGGUGGCCGCCCCAGCAAAGCCGGCGGACGCGACAAAUCGAAGACCAACACCACGUCAAACCCUGGGCCAGAUGCAGCAGCUCAAGACCCAUGGACCCACUAUGGUCUCUCGGAGAACGAUUCGGCGCGCGAGUUCAACAUAGAGGUACUGAACCCGCUCACGUCCGAGGAUUUCGCAUGGCUUCCUCUCCCGACCAUGGGCCGCUUGCCGGGACCGCAAUGCGCAGCUCUAUGCGCUCAUCUUCGCAUGUACUCAUCCUUCUAUGCACCACCAACUUCGCUGACGGAUGACAAAGCUGCGGUGGGGGACAUCCUUGUGUAUGUUACCAAGAUGGCCCGCGAGUUUCGCACGCAGCGGUACGACAACAAUAACGCACCGCUCCUCUAUGUCCACAUCCAAGUUGGGCAAGCGUCUUGCAGCGCUUUGCUGGAUAGUGGCGCGACUCGCAAUUUCAUGAGCCAAACCUUUAUGCAAAGAGCUGGCCUUGGCGCACAAGUUCGGAGAAAGGCAAACCCGACGGUGAUUAACUUGGCAGAUGGAAGAACGCAACAACUCAUCGACCGCUACAUCGAGGCCGUCCCGGUAUAUUUUGCACCUCAUGCGGACCGACCGAUCUCUCACGAGACCAUUCUUGAGGCCGGCGCUGCACCGCCGAAAGGUUGCAUCUAUCACAUGAGCGAGGAGGAGCUCACGGUCCUCCGUGCACAACUCGACGACUUGUUGGACAAGGGUUGAAUCCGCCCUAGUAGCUCACCAUAUAAAGCGCCGGUUCGCUUCGUAUGAAAAAAGAACACGGCGGGUUCUUCCAGAG